AUGAUAACAGCCAUGCUAAAAUCUCCUUCAUCACCUCUCCUAGCUUCACAACCAUUUUGUGACAGAUCCUUGCACCAAGCAGCACCUUCAAAAACAUGUCUUGGCACAAAUAAGAGACGUUCUGCCAAGAUCUCAGCACUGAGAAGGGAUGAUUAUAGUGAUAAAUUGAUCGACGAAGACAUGAUUGUUCUUAGGAUGCGCGUUCAUGAGAUGAAGAUAGCCGAGAGGAUUUACGAGGUCUCAUCUGACUGGAUGGAAUGGGAGAAGAGAUAUUACCGUGGCAGUUACAAUUCAGACAUUUGCGAGGCAGUUGGGUACUUGCAAUCAGUGUUGAUUAGAACCAGGCCAAGCUUGGCGUUGGGCAUGGCUGGUCUUGUUGCUCUGAGUAUACCAACGUCAAUGGGGUUGGCUACGUUCCAUUUGGUAGAAUGGCUCGUUGCUGGGAAUAUUAUUCAUCUCUGA